AUGCUGCAAGACCAAAAUGUCAUCUCUUCACCAACACAGGAAGAAAAUAAUGAUGAACAUCAUCAGCCGAUAAUACAAAAGCCUAAAAUUAAUUACAAAAUUAUUCUAAAAUUAUCCGAUGAUAAUGAAUUUUCUCAUGGAAAGGCUUUGGAUGAUAUUGAAUUGGAUUUGAGGAGUGAAUUUGAAUUAUUUGGAGGGAUUUAUCAAUUCGUUAAACCGCAUAAAACCAAUCAUCGAACCAAUGUUAGAACGAGAUGGUUUAAAAAGACGACAAUGGAAGUUUUGUCCUCCGAAUUCAAAAUGCCAGAACAAGUGAGUAAGGAAAUGAUUGAGAAGGGAAUUAUUACACUCACCACUCAGAAACCGACUUCAGUUUCAGUGUUGGAAUAUAAAUUAAGAUCAAAUGAUCAGAUUGUUACGGUAGAUUGGAAGAAUGAAAAGCCAGUUCUCUAUAGAGAGUUUAUUCGAGUUUUGUAUCAUGAUGAUGAGUUUUUGGUAAUUGAUAAACCAUCUUCAAUUCCAGUUCAUCCAGCUGGAAGAUUUGUAAAGAAUAGUUUACAUUAUUUAUUGGAAAGUGCCUUGGGAAGGAAAUUGUUUUUAAUUCAUAGAUUGGAUAAGGUAACGAGUGGCGUACUUAUUCAUACUUGGAAUGCUGCUUUGGCCAAAUCUUAUCAAGACACUAUGAAGGAGGGCAAUGUAAGGAAGUGCUAUUUGGCCCAGGUUUAUGGAGAAUUUCCUGAAACAGAAAAUAUGAGCGGAGAGCAUGUCUUACUAAAUGGUCAAUCAUUCCACAAGGAUAAGGAAGGAUUUAUUCAUGUGAAAAACAAAAUGGUCUACAAGCAAAAUGAUUGGACUUUUAUUUGGAGAGCUGAUUCGAGUGAAAACGGCUCGGACAGCACAGAUCCAAAGAAUACAGACACGGCCUAUACACUUGUGAAAAGAAUCUAUUACGACCCUGCAUCAUCGAGGAGUAUUGUAAUUGCUAUACCAAUAACAGGCAGAACACAUCAAAUCAGAGAACAUUUAAGAGUGAUGGGAUAUCCAAUUAUUAACGAUGUUGGAUUUGAAUUGGUUGAUAAGGGAGAAAAUUGGGAAAAUCCUUGGCCAGAAAAAUGGGAAAUUAUGAAACGAAACGAGCAAGACGAAACUCAAUGUGCAAAAGAAAUGAUGCAAAUGCAAUGGGAACGAUUCUCAAAAGAGGAGCCAAAGGAUGGAGAGUUUUUAAUUCAUCUUCACGCCUUUUAUUAUUCUUUCCACGGUGAGAAGUGCUACGAGUUUUACACUCAGCUUCCCGAGUGGUGCAAUCACAUUCCAGAUAAUGCACAAUUCUUUGAAACAGUUCUUAAAAAUUGUCAGUCAUUGGAUGUGAAAUCCAAGUUGGGUACAAUCCUUUGAUUUGAUUAUGGAAUAUUCAGCAGCAAAUAAGUAAUCCUAUUGGAGUUAUUCUUGGAAUGAAAUAGACUCAAUAUCAUGGUGAUUUUCUUGGAUUUAUUCAAGUUUACAUUUCUUUUUCAAAACCUGUUCUCCUGCUGUGACCAUUAAUUUUGGUCUCUCAUAAACAAAUGCAUUGGAAAUGGCUAGUGGAAUAAAGCCAUUUGGAUUACCUUGUGAU